AUGGUGGAAAGCGUUUGGGACAUUUUGGCGUACCAUUAUCUAUGGAGGUUUAGUAGAAGUGCUGACGUGCUGAGGUUUAAGAGUCUGCAUACAGCGAGUGUUACAGAGGAAGAGAGAGAUGGAAUAGCGUCACUACCAACAGAACUGCUGACGAGAAUCAUGUACGUUUUGGAGCCAAAAGAUCGUCUAUCAAUGUUGCUCACUUGCCGCUCAAUAUACAGCAAAUGUAUUAUUGGUUUUUAUUCCAUGACGCCUCUCCGACUUAAGUAUGACGGUACCAAAGAAGCCCAGAGAAGGUGCAAUACCACCAUGGCAUUCUUGGAGAAUCAAACAUCUGUCGUGGAAACAAUACAGGCAAUGCUGUAUUGUAGAAAAGAAAACGAAAAGUUGGCCAGAAAGGUAUAUAAUCCGUUCAGUGUUCCCAGUUUCGCUCCGAGCGUCCCACCGUUGAGUCUUAUGACUGGGUUGGUUACUCUAACAAUUGAAGUGACCUCAGUCUCCGAUCUGGCAAAAGUCAUUUCGUCGAUUCCGACGUCUCUAAAGAGAUUGGUGCUCGUUCUGGACACAAAGACGGCAAAAGGAUACUGGAAAGAUUUCGGGGAGAAUGACUUGCAGCAAAAGCCAUUGCAGAUAAGAUAUCUCUCGGUGAUCUCAAAGAAGACAAUCUUAGGCAAUUCAGUUCAUGCCUCUCUAUUGUCUCUUCUUCCUAUCAACACUCUCAAUGUCGAUGUGUAUCAGAGAUACUUCCAGAACAGUCAGAUUCGAAUGCUGCAAGCUCUCACCAACAAACGAUCUCGAAUGGCUCAAACAAUUGGAUCACUAAUUGCGAGAGUCAUAACUGCUGCACGACAAAAUAUCAUUUCAAUUGAGUUGCAACGAUUCGACGCGGCACUAGUCUUUUGCAAUGAGGACAUGGACUCAGCAGAGAUAACAAACCUAAGACUCCUUUUUAUGGACAGCACCUCUAAGAUCCACCUCUCUUUCUGGAUGAACAAUUUUGAGAAAGAGAACUGCGAAAAACGCAAAUUUCAAGAGGAGACCUCGUUUUUGAUGCCUUCUGGAAGUCCUGCCCGUAAACGUUUCCCGCUUGUGGUUUGUGUGGCCGACGAACGGCAAAACAAGCUUAAUAUCAAAACAUGUAGUGAUGGUAUGGGAUGGACAAAGGUUUCGGGGAAUACAGAAAAACUCCUGACAAAUAUAAAGACAACAUUGGGUCUGAUGUAUUAA